AUGUCGUCUACGUCUUCAGUCGCAUCCUCGGCCUUCAGUAGGGCCAGUGCCCACGCACUCAGCUUCUCUUCCGCUUCCUCUGCUUCCUCUCCGUUUAGCGGAGCUUCGCAUGUUGAUCACCGUGGCUUUCUUAAGUCCUCCUGUCGUGCGGGUGGGCCAGUCCUGACUUCUCUCCCGGCGUGGACGACAGAGAACACAUUUACCGACAAUCCAGUGCAGACUCACGACCGUGCGAUAAAAAUACUGGAUGAUCUCGAAAUCAGGUUCUCCGUUGUGGUUCUGAAGGGCCGCAUAUCAAAAGUUGACCCUGAGCAUACGCCAAUUCCCACCGUGCUUGUCCUUAUGCCAGACCACCCGCAGCCUGAUCUCUGGUAUCAGGCUGCUAAACAGAUCCACCGCGAUUUGGAGCCCAGCCUACCUGGAAUAUCCGUCGAGAUUAUCGAAGAGAAGUUAUACGACGGACUGCAUUGUUUCCCCGUUGAGCGGACCCACUCCAUUUAUUCUAAAUGGAAGAAAAUUGCUGAAACUAUUCUGAUGAACGUCAAUAUUCGGGAGUGGACAGGUCUGGAGUGCUGGCGGUAUGGAACCAAUACCGCUGGACACCUAAACCCUGUCACUAUAAUAGUGGAGGUUGAUAAGACGUCCACCGGGUCUUUUCUCACCGCAGCUCAGCUCAUUCGGGGCAUACUUGCCCACUUUAGUGAAUCGAGCGCUGAUGUCCUGUUCAUGAAGGACGGGAAGCAACCCCUGGUGGAAAAUCUAACUAUACAUCGCGAUGCUUGUAGUGGAGCUGUAUAUCCCGGUGUAAGCAUCGGUAUCCACGGUACUUCGGCCGGAACAUACACACUGGGUGGUCUUGUCCAGCUCCAGCUGCCUAACGAAUCGCGAUGGCGCACCUAUGGCCUAACUUGCUUCCACGCCGUUUGGCCCCCGGAAGAGAAUCGCUCGCAACAAAUGCUACAAAUUGUAGGAGCAGAAACCGCGCUUUCGAACUGGGAGUACGGCCCUCUUAGACUCGAACUCCCACCCUCCGCCAUUGCCAGACAGAUAUUGAGAGUUGAUCAUCCAUCUUUGAGAGACCUCCGACGUACUAUUACCUCGAUAGAUGAUAAUAUCGAAAGCUCUAGGACCAAAGAAUUUCUCGAGCUAGAAGUAACCCAAAGGGCAAUUGAUGAGGGGGAAGACUUAUGGAUGCCAGAAUCCGCCUCCAGACGUUACAAAGCAGUAGCCAGACAUAUCAGAACCCUCCAAGCCGCGCGCCAACCCUUUGUAGCGAUGUACGACAAUCGAACUUACUUCCUGGGGUAUGUUGCUGCUGGAAGCGGCGUGUAUCGGACCCGAACGAACGAUGUAGGUCAAACAGUCAGUAUGGACUGGGCCUUGGUUGACAUCGCUCCCGGCCGAAUCCAGGCACAGAUGCAUGGCGACGAGGUUGACGGUAACCGGCCUUUCCAUCGUGAUUCCACUGCCUUCACUCCGCCCUCUGAAUUCCUCUUCAACCCCCAGCUGCAGGCUGAUCCCCCAAUGAAUCUCUACAAGUCAGGACGCUCAACUGGAACCACUCAUGGUUAUUACAACGGUCUCGUGGCGGUGGGAAUCUAUCGUCGGAGAACGGCGAACGGGGGAUUUGAAAAGGUCGUUACAUGGGAGCAUGCAAUCGCGGGAUCCGUUUCCCAGCCAUUUGCAGAGCCCGGCGAUUCUGGUUCGUGGGUGUAUACGUCCACCGGCGAGGUCUUUGGGGUCUUGAACAGCGGCAACCGCCGGAAGAACACAAUGUCGAUAUCCUGCAUAUUUGAUAUUUUUAAGGAUAUCAAGGAGCUCACUCACGCCGAAGUGAGGAUUGCCCCGUGUCCACAGCUUCCCUGA